AUGGGCUUCAAACUUCGACCUCCGAAGCGGACCCAGACAAUUGUCCCGCUGAAGCCCCGCAAAGGCCAUUUCUUCUUCGCCGGGAGGGAGUUCCCUCGUGUCCCGUGGUGGAAGAGACGAAACUUGGUCACUCUGUACACUUACAUCAUUGUUCUCAUCCUUACGAAUACCGCAAAUGGCUUUGACGGAUCUAUGAUGAACGGUUUGCAGACGCUUUCUUAUUGGCAAGAGUACUUCGGUGAGCCCCGUGGCCCCAUCCUUGGUCUGUUCAACGCUUCAAUGAGUCUUGGUUCUCUCUGCGGACUGUUUGUUGUUCCAUACUUGAUUGACCGAUUUGGUCGAAAGUCGGGCUUGGUGGUUGGCUGUACCGUGAUGUUGCUUGCCGUUGGCCUGCAAACAGGGGCCCAAAACUUCGGCAUGUUUGUCGCUGCCCGCUUAAUCAUUGGGUUCGGCGAUUCAAUUGUUCUCGGUUCUGCUCCGCUACUCAUUGCUGAGAUUGCUCAUCCUCAAGAUCGAGCGGUCUUGGUCACGUUGAGCGGCGCCUCCUACCAUUCAGGGGCAUUUAUUGCCAGCUGGGUCACAUAUGGCACUCUCCAAAUCAAGAGUGACUGGUCAUGGAGACUCCCCAGUCUAUUGCAGGGUAUUUGCACUGUUGUCAUUCUCGUCGGUGUCUGGUGGAUGCCAGAGAGCCCCCGUUGGCUCAUCAACAAAGACAAGCACGAAAAGGCCUUGGAAAUUAUGGUCAAGUACCACGCAGAGGGCGACACAGAUGAUGAAUUUGUUCAACUCGAAUAUGCGGAAAUCAGAGCAGCUAUUGCACUGGACAAAGAGACCGAUCAGACAAACUGGACUGAUUUCCUCAAGACCAAAGGAAACCGCAGGAGAAUCGGACUGAUCACCGCCAUCGGUUUGUUUAGCCAGUGGAGUGGCAACGGCUUGAUUUCGUACUACUUGAAGUAUGUCAUGGACAGCGUUGGUAUUACAAAGGCCGAGACCCAGCUGGGGAUCAACGCGGGGAUGAAGACGCAGGCGCUCCUCUUCAACUUCUUCUUCGCCUUUUUUAUCGACCGUCUGGGUAGACGACCUAUUUAUUUGGUCUCUACCAUUGGGACUUGUGUUGUUUUCAACCUCUGGACGAUUGUCUCGGCGAGGUAUGAGAUCGACCCCAACAAAGGUCUAGGAUAUUCUUUCGUAUUCUUCACCUUUCUCUACGGCGUGUUUUAUGAUAUCAAGUCUGGAUUAAUGACAAACUACACCACCGAGAUUCUCCCAUACGGUCUCAGAGCAAAGGGAUUCACGUGGUUGAAUUUCUGCGUGACUGCUGCAUUGUUCUUCAACCAGUACAUCAACGCCAUUGCCCUCGACGCUAUUGCAUGGAAGUAUUACAUUGUGUACUGCGUAUUCCUCGGGCUUGAAGUGUUCAUCAUCUACUUCUUCGUGAUUGAGACCCGGUAUACCCCGAUGGAAGAAAUCGCCAAGUAUUUCGACGGCGAUGAUGCUAUUGAUGUCGGCGAGGUAGCUGCGGCAGACAUGAAAGAAAGGGGAAUAGAAUUGGGCGGUGCGAAAGCGGCUGGAGUGCACGUAGAAUUGUCCCGAUGA